AUGGAUUCCUCUCUCGGUCUCUUCCUCGCCAUUCUUGGAAUCAUCAUCAUCUUUCGACAAAAUCUACGCCAUCAUCAACAAAUCCAACACCUCGAAUGUCUUCACAGCUGCAAAGCACCUCCCACCGAAAUCCGCUUCAAAUACGACUUCUUUGGAAUUCUCAAAGCCCUCGAGCUGGCCUUUCAUUUCCACCGCCGCACCUCCCUCAUAUACACAAACGCCCUCUUCAAACAAUACGGCGAAACCUAUCUUUCGAAUAUCCUCACCUACCGCCUCGUCUUCACCCACAAUGCAGAAAACAUAAAACAUAUCCUUUCAACCGCCUUUCCCGACUUCGACAGUUCCCCAUUACGAAGGCCUUUGUUUGAGGAUAUCACGCCGCAUGGCAUUUUCACUCUCGACGGGGCAGGGUGGAAGAAAAGUCGCGAGAGACUCCGCAGUCGAAUGGUUAAUUUGCGGCAGAUAAUCGACCUGGACCAGUGUGAAGAGCAUUUUCAAGAUUUUCUGCAGUAUAUCCCUCCUAAUGGGGGGAUGUUUGAUGUUCAAGCGUGUGCUUUUGGAUUAUCGUUGGAUAUGCAGACAUUAUUUUCCCUGGGAGAGUCGGUUAACGCGCUGAGCUUUACACAAUCCGAUGAGAAGAAGCAAUUCUUUGAUGAUUUGUUAUUUGUCAAAGAGAGAAUCGUGCAGGAUGGCUUUAGGGGGCCGCUUCGAUAUCUGUCGCCUAAAAGACGAUUUUUGCAGUGUUGUGCGAGAGCACGAGAAUUUGUCAUGGCGCGUACAGGAGAUGAAGAGGAUGCCAACCAAGCAUUGAGUAUUCUGCUUGCAAACGACAGUAUGAGCACCACUCUUUCUGGUCUUUUCUUUUGUCUUGCCCAAGAUGAGCGUGUUGUGCACAAAUUGCGAGCAAGUAUCAUCGAUACUGUUGGAUUGACGCCUCCAACAUGGGGACAGUUGGGAUCUUUACAUUACGUCCGCUGGGUACUUCAAGAAGUAAUGAGACUCUAUCCCGCGGUCGUCCUCAACGCAAGAGUCGCCAACAAAAACACCACAUUACCAACAGGCGGGGGCGACGGUACAUUCCCAAUCCUCGUGCAAAAGGGAGAUAUCAUUCUCUUCUCCACCUGGGCUCGACACCGUCUGGGGCAUGAUUUUGGAGAAAAUCCAGAUUUGUUCUACCCAGAACGAUGGGAGAAGUUCAGUGCAGAUACGCCUGGUUAUAUACCGUUUAAUAAGGGACCGAGGAGUUGUCCUGGUCAACAUUAUGCAAUGAUCGUGUUGACGUACAUUGUGGCUCGGAUAUUCCAGACUUUCUCCAAAGUAUCGAAUUUUAAUACAAAAGAAUGGACCGAAAGGAUCAGCAUGACAUUCGAGAAUCAAAAUGGGGUUUUGAUUGGGUUGAGCUGA